UUUCAAACAACCGCUCGAGCCGAAACCACUGGCGUCGCAACCAAACUACCCUCUGCACUCUCCGCCACUUCACAGUUAACCACGCCUUGCUUAAAUAUCCAUUGGCGCGCACACAACUACAUGCCAGAAUUCUUGUCUUGAUUGGCCAGUUUCGCUGUCAGUUACAGACUUUUUAGUUGUGUAGUUGGUUGUCUGGAGAGGGUUCGGGGUUGCUAUGUGUGUAGUAUAAAGUGGAACGUCUACGCGCUGAAAUGAUUUGAUGAAGUUUUAAAUAUAUAUUUUAAUCUAGUGAGUUUGGGGUAGAAUAUGAAAGGACUACAAUAUAGCAUUAUUCAAUCCGAAUUAUUGGCUUGAACUAAAGAAUUGAUAACACACAUCUGUGAAACAUGUCAAUAGACUUUGACAGCGCGGCCCUACAAACUCAGCAUGAAGAAGAAGAAUAUGACAGAGAAGACUAUGCCAGAGAACAGGAGCUGCACAAGUUGUUGACUGAUCUUCCUGAUGAUAUGCUGGAGGACAGCAGAGAUGUGUCCUCUCCAGAGCUCAAUUAUUCUGUUUGCAGUGCAAACGGGAUCUCGGGCAGACCUCCACAAACAUGGGAUUUGAAUAAUCGUCAAGGAGUAAUUAACACUGGAGGAGUGGAUUAUGAGGAUGGCUACAUUCAGGACCAGUACCAUGAAGAAUACUUUAAUAGGAAUGAUAACGAGCAUGUUAAUGGACAUGUUAACCAUGCUGAGCUGCAUGGUAAUGGAUGGAGUGAACAGCAGGAAGGGGAAGAUGCACACGGGUAUAUGUAUAACCACAUGGGUUAUGAGUACCUCAACACAGAUGCUCAAGAUGCUGCUGGUAGCAAGGAUUACAGUAUAGAUGAAAGAUUUGAACAAGAUCCAUAUGUCCAAACCAAUCCAUAUCACCCUCCUGGAACAUACCAACAACAUACCGGGGAAGAGUAUAAUCAUGAUGAUCAAAAUGUUCAGAGACAGCAGUAUCAGGGUUUUAUUGCAACCGGCAAUGUGGGUGACAAACCUAUGGACGGCUACAAAGUCAACUAUAACCGAUAUCUACCUGCAGUGCAGCCUAAAACCUUCAAUGCCGAAGUAAACAACAAAGAUGCCAAAUUUGAACAGAUGCAGAUAGAGUUCUUGGAUCCUGGUACAAAUUCAGCAGAAUCCCAACAAAUUGCACAGUUCCAGGUCCUCUACAAGGCUCGAGGAAGACAGCUUGAAGAACUUCAGCAAAAGCUGGAAGACUGUAGCCGAGACAUGAGAUACCUUAAUCACCAGCUUGCUAUAGCAAAGGAUGAAAAGGAGGGUUUGGCUCUUACCCUGCAAGAAUCUGGAAAGCUAAUUAAAGAUGGAAAGGAAAAGGAGGUGCAAUUAUCAGGGCAGAUUAAAGCCUUGGAGUUUCAAGUUCAAACCUUAACUGCCAAUGAAGAAAAGAAUUUGGAAAAACAGAAGGUGGCAGAGGCAGCCCUGGACAGUAUGCAGCAGCAGAUGAUGGAGCUCUGCCGUUCAGAAUCUCUUACUCGAGCCAGGGAGCAACACGAGAGCAUCCUUGCAGCUUUAAAGGAAAAGCAUGAAGACAAAGUGUUGGCUUUGCAGCAGAAACUAGAUGCACAGAGCCAUGCCUUAGAAGAGCAGAAAGAAACUUGUCAUCGCCUUCGAGAACAGAUAAAGCAACAAGAACGACAACAGGAAGAAGCCAAAUUGGAGAAAGUUGAAAUAAUCAACAGACUCGCAAAGAGCUUGGAGGAAAGCCAGCAGCAGUGCACAAACCUGCUGCAGACAGGUACAGUGCAGGAGCUCAACCAACUGAGAUUUCAGCUACAGCAAGCACAAUCUGCUAAAAACAUCAGUGACAGCAUGAACAAGUCUUUGCAGGAAGAGCUUGGUGAAUUAAAGGAACAAAUAACUCUUUAUGAAUCUGCUGGUAAAUUUGGAAUUCUUUCUACUGAUCCCUGUGGUGAGUCAGAGGCCCCAAUGUCUGAUUCCUAUGUGGAGCUGGGUAUCAAGAACGUUAACUGGAAAAACACAAAGUUUAACAGCACCUCAUCUGUCGGAAGAACUGAUAAGAGCAUGUCCAAGGAUGAUAUGAUAAUGGAACUUAAAGCUGAGCUGGAACGUUUCUUGGGCAGUUUUAAAGUCAAGAGACGAAAGAUUACCCAGUUACAAGAUGAACUCAAACAAACUCGGAGACAAAUGCAAGAACUGAAAACUCAACUGGAGAAAGCUGAAAAGAAUGCAAAAGAUCAUGAGGUGAGAGAAAACGGUUUGGAAAAACAACUGGAAACAUCAGUCGCUGAUAAGGCAGCGAAGGAGGAGGUGGAACGGCUUCAAAGUGAGAACCAAGCCUUGCAGCAGGUUAUUGAGAAACUAAAACAUCAGAUCAAGGAACUGAGAAAUAGCAAAGAGACGCUUAAAUCGGCAAACCAGGAGCUGUGCACCGAAAUGAGAAAGAUGAUGCAGGAUUUCGACCAGGAUAAGCAAGAGACCACUGAAAGGUAUGAAAAAACACACCAGCAGCACCGUGAGGAUAUUGUAAGUCAUUUGCGUGGAGAGUUAUUACAGAAGCAUGCGCUUGAGAAAGAGCAGCUGACGCAGCUUUAUGAAGAAAAGAUACAUUAUUUGGAGAUAAAACUAUCUGAUCUUAAUCAGGAGAUGGUUGGAGUACAAGAAUGCUACAUUACUGUCUGCAAGGAAAAGAACUUAUUGGAAGAAGAUUUAAGAGGGAAACUGGAACAAGAGAUGGCAUUAAAAGAGAAUGAGUUAAAGAAGCAAUUCUCUGAAGAAAAUAAACAUUCCUUAGAAAGUUUCAAGUCUGAAUUGGAAGAAAAGCACAGGAUCUUCAAAGCAACAACAAAGGACCAGUUGAUGAAGGAGAUGAAAGCUGAUCUCAAACAGCAGGUUAAUACACAGGUGGCAUUAGCGAAAGUUUCCUGGCAAGAUGAGCAGAAGCAGGUGGAAGAAGCAGCCAUUCUAAAAGCUGUGCACAAAGUCGAAGAGGAGUGGAGCCAGCGGUUACAAAAAUCUAUCAACGAUAUAAAACAUGAGCGUUUAACAGAUAAACGAGUGCAAGGUUGCCAGACAGAACAGUCUUCUGAUGCAGGUGGAAUUCCAGAAGAGGAUAUGGAAGAAAAAAUGAAAGCACAGAGACUGAAAUUGCAACAAGAAGCAGAAGCGUGUCAAGCUAUAGCUGUUAGGGAGGCUAUGAAAAAAACACAAGGUGAACUGGAAAAGAAACACCAAGAAAAUGUUGCAAAACAGGUAGAAACAGCUGUGUCCAAUGCUUAUACUCGCUGGUGUAAUGAGUUAAAUGCCCUUCCAGAGUACAAAGCCAGUCUCCAGUCAGAGAAAGAAAAGUGGGAGAAAGAACAUGAACAGGAUGUAGCCAAACGGAUAUCAGCAGUGCUCAAAGCAGCUGAAGAAAGAUGGAAGAAAACCCACCUUAAAGAAAUUGAUAGGAUGGAAGCAAGUGCUAAAAAUACAGAAGAGAAGGCAUUGUCUCUCCAGAGAAAAUUAGACCAUCAAAAGGAAGAGGAAGCUGCCCUCAUAAAGGCAGAGUUGGCCAAGGCCCAUGCACAGUGGAACAGGGAGAAACGAGAGGAAAUUAACAAAAUUCAUGAAGCUAAUGAAAAAGAUUAUCGAGCCUUUUUGGAAGAGCAUCGUAGUAAAUUAAAUGAAGUGGUCGCAGUAGCCAAGGAAGACUUUGAAAGGCAGAAAAAAGAAUUGAUAAUCAGAAAAGAGACUGAUUUCAAGCAGAUUCUCGAUAGACAACAGAAAGAAUGGUCAACACAGCAAGCGGAGAAAAUUGAGAGAGAGAAACGUCAAAAUGAGGAUGAAAUUCUCAUUGAGCUUGAGGUUUUGCUUGGUGAAAUCAAGGAGCUACUAGUUAAAGAUCCUAAUAGCCAGUCCCAAGCACCUGACAAAUCAUCAAGCACUCCAAAACAAGCACACAAUCAGUACUUUGGAAAAUUAAAAGCAUGUUUGGUGUCGACAUGCAAAGAUGUUGUUUCCAAAGUGAUGGAUGUCUCCAAACAAGAAUGGGAAAAGAAAAGUGAGGAAAAGCUACGCUGUGCUCUAACAGAAGAGAAACUUCGUCAUGAACAAGAAAUGAAAGCAAAAGAAGAACUUGGAAUUCAUCAUAAUGGUCAAGAGCAAGAAAAUGAACUGCUCUCCUGCAGUAAGCAUUGCAUUCAGAAGCUUGAAAAAUCACAAAAACAAUGUCAUGAUCUACGAAGAAACCUGGAGAAAGCUUGCAGGCAGCUUCAGCAGACUGUACGAGAGAACAAGGCUAAUGUGCAUAAAAUAAAAGAGUAUGAAGAGACCAUUAAGAAAGAAAGGGAAGAAGGUUUAAGAAGACUUCAAGAAGUGAAGGCAUCUGGGAAAACUGCAGCCACUGGGUCACAAACCGAAGACAAGUCUGAGCCCUGCAUUCAAGAAGGGUUAGAAGAAAUCCGGGAACAAUAUUUGAGAGCUGUUUGCAAAAUUAGAGGGGACAUGCUUCGGUAUAUCCAAGAAAGCAAGACGAGAGCAGCUGAAAUGAUAAGAGUGGAGGUAUUAAGGGAGCGACAAGAAACUGCUCGGAAAAUGCGAACAUACUAUUUGACCUGUUUGCAGCAACUGUUGGAAGAUGGUGGAAAGAAAGAAGGUGCGGAAAAGAAAAUUAUGAAUGCUGCUAGCAAACUAGCUGCAAUGGCAAAAGUGUUGGAAACGCCUGCUCCUAAUAGAAAGUGCAAUAAAAAGGAUGUUGUGACAGGUUCUGUAAGAAGAUCUGAAUCUGCUGCAGUGAACACCAAAAUCUUUGAGGAAAACACUCUCUGUGCUCUGUUAGACCACAAACCAAAACACUCUGCAAGCAAAUUACCAAGCAUGGAUACUGAUCAACCAAACGCCCAGGCUGCUGAUAAGGACACAUUGCAUAGCCAUUUUGUACAACGUGGUAAUGUUACAGCCACAGAAAGAAAUGUAUCCAAAGCUAUCUCGGCACAAGUUGAAAGGAAUGAUGUGCUUAGUGGUGUUGACCAAACAGGUGUAUUUCCACAUUUCAAAGAUGUAAACAGAAAACUGUACAGUUCAGCUGGACAAAAAAGCAAGGACAUUACUUGCAAUUCUGCUGUCUACCAUUCUCAAGUGAGUUUCGGCCAUGCACAUCUACUCAACACUGUUGAUAGUUUUGGUGAUACAGUAUCCACACAAUUAACUCUUAGAAAUCAAAGCAAGGAUAUGGUGCCAAAGGGACUUGACCACUGCCAAUCAGAAAACUGUUUUGCUGCUGAAUCUAUGAGCAGUCUGUUUGAUGUUCAGGAAACCCCUGUUAGAGAUGGUGGUCCAAGUGAUUGGAGUUCAGUAAGUUUAGGUACGAAACUGGAGAGCAACUUUCCACUAUCUAAUUAUUCUGCUAAUAAAACAGAACCCACAAGAAAGCACACCACAGAUAUACCUCCUUCUGUUUCAUCUGUUUUCAAUACUGAUGAUGUUUAUACGUCUGGGACAGAGUUUGUAGCUGAAUCUCAUUCUGUCAUUCCAAAAUGUGUGCCAGAUGUGCUCUCCAAGCCAAAAUCAAAGACCUAUCAAGACCCCAAUGCAGUUGGACUCAACUUGCCUUUUACUAAAAAAAGAGAACCUAUUCCAGGUUCUGAGAGAGAAAAGGUGUACAGAUUGUAUCCAAAGAAUUUAUUUUCAGAAGUAACAGCUGCUCAACAGGACAGUGGAUUUGAUAGUCCACUUCUGCAGAAAUAACCAUUAACAGUGCUAGAAGCUGAUUCCCUUAAACGGUGAUUGUUGCUGCAACAAUUGUUAUCUGUUAAAUUAAAUUGUAUAUAAACUAAAUACAUGAAGUAAGAAUUAUUACUAAUAUGUAGUGUGGAUAUCAAUUUUGGACCUGGUUUGUAUUAAUUAAUAAUUAGUGUGUUUACUGUCAGUUUGUUCAGGUUUUCCAUUUUAAAUUUGUAUAUUUUCAGAUUUGUUUUGUAAUAUAGCUUGCCGUGCACCUUUUUGUAAAAAAAAAAAACAUUUCUUUUUUUAAAAUUUAUUUAAUUUAAUAAAAAAUAAAUAAAGAUUUUAA